AACAUUUUGACGGGGUCUGUCUCUGUUGGAUUACACAGGGUACCCAUCACACACACACACACACACACAGAGGCUCACACUAUCUCCACCCCAGGGUUUGGCUGUAGUGUCCAUGGGAAGAGUAUGCAUUGUGGGCUGUUGGAAGACCCAGACAUGGAUUCCACAGAGAGCUGGAUUGAAAGGUGCCUUAAUGAGAGUGAAAGCAAACGGUUUACAAGCCACACAUCCCUGGGAAACGUGUCAAAUAGCGAUGAACACGAAGAAAAAGAAAACAACAGAGCUUCCAAACCACACUCGACACCGGCUACUCUGCAAUGGCUCGAAGAGAAUUAUGAAAUCGCUGAAGGGGUCUGUAUCCCUCGAAGUGCCCUGUACAUGCAUUACCUGGAUUUCUGUGAGAAGAAUGAUACACAACCAGUCAAUGCAGCGAGCUUUGGCAAGAUAAUUAGACAGCAAUUUCCCCAACUAACUACGAGAAGACUAGGAACAAGGGGGCAGUCAAAAUAUCAUUACUAUGGAAUCGCAGUGAAGGAAACCUCUCAGUAUUAUGAUGUGAUGUACUCUAAGAAAGGCGCAGCCUGGGUAAAUGAAACAGGAAAGAAAGAAGUCACUAAACAGACAGUGGCGUAUUCACCAAGAUCCAAGCUGGGUACACUAUUGCCAGAGUUUCCAAAUGUCAAAGAUUUAAAUCUGCCAGCCAGCCUGCCAGAGGAGAAGGUUUCCACCUUCAUUAUGAUGUACAGAACUCACUGUCAGAGGAUUCUCGAUACAGUGAUAAGAGCAAAUUUUGAUGAGGUGCAAAGUUUUCUGCUUCACUUUUGGCAAGGGAUGCCUCCCCACAUGCUGCCUGUCUUGGGCUCUUCAACGGUGGUGAACAUAGUCGGUGUUUGUGAUUCAAUAUUGUACAAAGCAAUUUCUGGAGUCCUUAUGCCAACAGUGUUACAGGCAUUACCAGACAGUUUGACUCAGGUGAUCCGAAAGUUUGCCAAACAGCUGGACGAGUGGCUAAAAGUUGCACUUCAUGAACUUCCUGAAAAUUUAAGAAAUAUUAAAUUUGAGUUGGCCAGAAGAUUUUCACAGGUUCUCCGACGGCAAACCUCUUUAAAUCACCUCUGUCAAGCGUCCAGGACAGUAAUCCACAGUGCUGAUAUAACCUUUCAAAUGCUGGAAGACUGGAGAAACGUGGAUUUGCACAGCAUCACCAAACAAACACUAUACACCAUGGAGGAUUCAAGGGAGGAGCACAGGAAACUCAUCAUAAAAUUGUAUCAGGAAUUUGAUCAUCUCUUGGAAGAGCAGUCACCCAUUGAGUCCUACAUUGAAUGGUUGGAUUCCAUGGUGGACAGAUGUGUUGUCAAGGUAGCAACCAAAAAACCUGGUUGUCUGAAAAAAGUAGCACGGCAAUUCUUGUUGAUGUGGUCAUGCUUUGGAACAAGAGUCAUUCGGGACAUGACUUUGCACAGUGCACCGAGUUUUGGUUCCUUCCACCUUAUUCAUCUGACAUUUGAUGACUAUGUACUUUACCUGCUGGAGUCUCUUCACUGCCAAGAAAGGGCCAAUGAACUCAUGAGAGCAAUGAAGGGAGAGGGCAACGCAGCAGAAAGAAGGGAAGAAAUAGUUUUGUCUGAUCCCACUCCUCCAUCAACGUCUCCAGUGCCUUUCUCUCCUGCCAAGUCUGUCACUGUGGAAAUCCAGCCAGCGUCACCCGUGAGUAGCCAGUCACCUGAAUAUCCUGCAGUACCAACCACAGCAGCUAUUCAGUCAUACACAUGGUCUCUGACCUAUACUGUUACAACUGCUGGCUCUACAGCUCCUGACAGCCCUCAGCAGCUGCCGUGCAUGAGAAGCACUCAUGUUUCCCCCUCCUCCUCCUCCACUCACAGAAUGCCUAUCUACCCGCACAGAGAGGAUCACGGAUAUUCAGGAGGGUAUAACUAUGGUAGUUACAGCAAUCAGCCUCCACAUCCCAUUCAGAGUCAAUACCCAGCCCUUCCACAUGACAGUAGCCUUACUGCUCCAAUUCCUUACCCUGCAUAUCACAGGAGUACCUCACAGUAUCCUUUUAACAGCCAGACAUCGCGGAUGGAGCCCUGCUUGAUGAGCAGUACCCCACGACUGCACCCGACUCCAGUCACCCCACGCUGGCCCGAUGUCCCGACCGCAAACAGCUGCUACGGCACUCCGAGCAUGCACUCGGCACGCUACGGGAACUCUAGUGAGAUGUACACCCCGCUGACCAGCCGACGGAGUGCGGAAUAUGAACACGUGCAGCAUUUUCCUGGUUUUGCUUACAUCAAUGGCGAAGCAACCACGGGAUGGGCUAAAUAAUCAAUUUGCUGACACUGUGACUGGAAAAUAAUCAAAAAGGAAUGCAGAAUAAAUCAUGGCUGAACACUGAUAGGCACUGAACGCAAUGCGUAUAGAAAACAGAAUUUUUUUUUUCCCCCUGGAUCACUAUAAAGGCCUGGAAGAGACACCAAUUUUGUCCUUUAUUGUCAACAUUGAGGAUGGAUUAUCUGUGAUUGAAUCAGAAAUGAUGUCUUGGAGAAAACAGAAUGUUUCCUUCUUGUUAAUCCGCAGUUGCACUGCUUCAACUGCGUCAGGUGGCAGACACACUGUAUACAUAGGAUCUCCAUCUCUCCCUUUAAAACGUAUCGCAUUCUUUUUGUAUCCUCCUUGGGAAAUACCCUUUGCAGCGUGUGAUCUUAAAUUUAUAGCAGAGGUUUUAAGGAAAUACUGAAUGAUAGGAAGUGAUGUUUACUGCAUUCAGGAAGUGUGCCCCACUCCCUGUCUCUCUGUCAACUGCCAAUAAACAUCAGUACCUCGGUUCCAGUGAUAUUUAGGGCAUUAUUGCUUCCCUUACUGUCUUUAAAGUUGGCUUAACAAUGGGUUGCAGACCUCAGUUUUGUUUAAUGCCCGAUAGGCCUUGUUGAAAACAAGGUUGUUUGUAUUUUGGUGCACCUACCUUUGGAUCUUGCAGACCACCAGCAUCUAAUGGCAUUUUGCCUCGAGUUUUUAGACUCUGACUCAAUCAUGCUGUACUGAAUAGCGAGAAGAUUCUAAACUGUGGACCUUUGUAUAACUAUUAGUGUUUGUGUGUUCCCACAGAAACCCUUACGAUACUUAAAGCUGUGCCUUAGAAACUAUAUUGUGUACGUGUGAAAUGUUUAUCUAAUUUUCAAUUGUAUUAUUGAUGAACUGCUCUGUAGAAAUAAUUUUCCUCUUAUUUGUCCUUAGUGUAUGUCUGCUGUUGUUGUUCUAGUUGAUUAACAUAGUUUAUUUCUGUACUGUUUUGCAAUUACAAAAUGCACUCAGCAAUGUAUAUGGACAUAUUACCCUAUGGGUAAGGCGAAUGACUGAAAGAAUAACACAAGAAACUUUAGACUUGUAAAUAAAAGCACUGAUAGCACCCUGUGUGGUAACUAUGGCUGUGGAUAAAUCUGAAGUACAUGGUGAUAUUUGUACAGAAGUGCAAGAUAUAUGAAGGCAAUACAUUUCAAAAUACAAAUAAAUUUUUAAAAAAAUAUCUAGCCUUGACUUUUGUUGAUGUAAUGGUUAUUCUUUCAACGUUUCAGUGUAGACAGUGUAUACAGCACUGAGAUAGAAUUAUUUAAAGUGAUUGGGUCUAAAUUGGAUGAGACGUUAAACCGAGAUCCUGUCGGUUGACAUUAAAGAUUC